GCGAGCAGCUACCGAAGUAUUCCGGUGAAGGGGUCCGCGAGCUCGUCGAGACCGUCUCCGCUGUGACUGACUUCCAGGGUUUGCAUUGUUUGUUUUACCGUAGGCCGCAGUGUUGAUUUACGAGCGGAGCGUUGCAAGCAAUCAAGCAAGCAUCAUGGAGCGAGCUCCUGGGAGUAUGUUGGACACGACAAUGCGCUUGCUCAUGCGCAAGAAUUCCGUCUACAUCGCAUUCAUCUUCACGGGGGCGAUCAUCGGCGAGCGGGUUGUCGACUAUGGCAUCAACAAAGUGUGGGAGAGGAACAAUACUGGGAAGCGGUUCCAAGACAUUCCUAAGUUGGGUUCUAGGGUCGAGGAAAGUUGACGGCUUCCACGAACCCUGACAAUUUUACUGAGCAGAUUUCCGUCUUUAUCACAACAGCUCCUGUUUGGACAUCCUAUGAUCCUGAGUAGUGUAUUUCGUUCCUGAAAAGUGCAAUAAAAGAGAGCCAGAGUUUUUUUUCAAGGA